AUGAGUUCUGAACCCCGGGUUAUUUUACACGUCGGGACUCAAGUCAUUGACUCCACAAACCUGGAGGUCGCACAGGCAUGCUGUGGUGUCUUCUUGAAUGAUCAGGAUGAAAUCAUGGUACUCGAUAAAGGCGGCACGGUCGAGGAACUACAAACUUCUCCCUAUGCGGAUCAGCUGGACCCGUGCCUGGUUUAUCUAGAUGAAGCGCACACCAGAGGUAUAGAUCUUAGACUUCCUGCACAUUAUCAAGCUGCAGUUACUCCAGGUGCCAAUGUAACGAAAGACAGACUGACCCAAGCCUGUAUGAGAAUGCGAAAGCUUGGAAAGGGACAAAGUGUAAUUUUCUUUAUAUCGAAACACAUUGAACAGGAAAUCCGUCAGAGUUGUGGCCAUGAAGACAAGUCGCCGGAAAUAAUCACGGUGUCGAAUGUUGUCUCUUGGGCUAUCACCGAAACGUGCAAGGAUUUUCGCAGAGCAGUGCCAACUUGGCUGAAUCAAGGACUCCGAUUUACUAAGCGUCAACCCAUCUGGCAUCAUCUCACUGACCAAGACGAUAAGAACCUUCCUUCAAGGUUCAAUGGGAUCAGCCCGCGCUAUGCAGCUGUGUUUCAGGAUCGAUGCCAGCAAUUCGAGCUCACAGAAAUGCACCAUGCCUCACUUGAUGAAGAACAAGAGCGGGAAUUGGCGCCCGAGGCUGAACAAGAAUACCAAAUGGAGGAACUUCCCAAGGUCAAGCCAGCAGAAAAUUCAAUCCAUCCAGGUCUGGACAAAUUUAUUGUCGAGGGCAUAUUGCCCAAGGAUCCCGACGCAACAAUUGAUGUGUCUGAAUUCCCGAGCGCUAUACUGGUCACGCGGGAUUUUGCUGUGACUGUCGAUAGAUCGUUUGGCCCCGAACUAUUCUAA